AUGUCAUAUUAUGGCAUGGACAUGCCCUUCGGGGCCUCUGUCUCAUCGCCGUCGCAAGCACAGGCGAGACUGCUCCAUCUAGAGCAGUCUCACUCCAGAAUGCAGCAGGAGCUGCAACAGCAAACGCACAGUCGAGCCACCACUCCGAUGUCUGCGAUAGAAACAUCCAUCAAAGAUCAGGAGAUUGCAAGCCUCCAGCAACAGCUGAGGCAAACAGAGGCCGAGAUGGGCCGGUUGAAGGAGACAAUCCGCAGACAGGAGAUGACAAUCAAGACACAGAGCGAAGCCAUCUCCAACCCAAAACAACACUAUGCUACGCCGCAUGGACGUGUUGAGACCCAGGAAUUUGGCGUGAUGCCUGGAUCACGUGCAAAUUUCCCUCUGGCACCGCAUCCUCCACCAGGAUACCUCAACAACGCGCCACUGAACCAGCUCAUGGGACCACUGCCUCCUCCACCGCCACUGCCCCAGGCUGGCCCUAUGCAGCCUCCUUUUGGUGGAAAUCUCGACCAGCAGCCAUGGAGUCAGUCAAUGAUCAGCCAGCAUCACCGGGGAGAAAUGAUACGGCCAUUCUCACCAACGCCAAUGCCACAGCCGGGACCAGGGACCCCUUAUGGACCUCCAGAUCCCAUGAGACCAUUCAGCACAAACCCGGGAUUCCAAAAGACACCGGAGACACCAAGCAAUGGCAGCCAUGGGGGAUCAGGGACCAGAAACAAUCGAGGCAUGUCAACCGCCAGACUACAACCGCCGCCUCCAUUCCCUGAAAAUCCCACGGCUAUGGACAAGACGCCAGGCGUCAGAUUGCCACAAGAAGUCCAAGAACAAUUUAAAAAAGUCAUCCAUAUGUCAGAGAUCUAUGCGUUCUCUCAUGUCAACUUUCCCAGUACGGCGAAGGACCAAGCAUUGCCACAAGAAGUCAAAGACAGGCUUCUUAAAGCUGCUACAACUGCCACGGCCUUCCAGUUCAUGUCGACGCCAUACCUCCGAUAUUGCUUGGUGACAAAGAUCAUUGUGCAAUGGAUUAUCAAGAAUAUCCUGAAGCAUGAUUGCUUCGCGGGCUUUGAUUCAAAAGUUGAUCAGAUCAUUGAGUCGACUCGGGCCCAAAUUUAUCAGUCCACACCAGCUCAAGUCAAAUAUCAGCUUCUCAGCACCAUCGGACGGCAGAUGGCGUCGCUCAAACACAACCCAAAUUUCCGAGGGUUCGUCGACAAGCUUUCGAGGGCACGUGGCAAUGAACUCUGGGCCAUCCUCAAGCCUAUGAUGCACCAAAAGUCGUCUCGAGAUUGGGAAGAUCUUCUGAGCCUGAUGGUUGAGGCACAUCACCUGGCACAGCUCAUGUAUACCGGAGUCGACGAAUACCGGUUCGACACACCACAAGUCGGUGCACAUUUCAAGGCAGAUACCAUGGAACAGAGAGAACAAUUCAAAAACAUCAAUCCCCCUCAACAGCUGGAAGCAAUGGGUGUGACUGUGACCCUGGGCAUGACACCACACAUUACUGCGAGGAGAAGCACACCAGAUGGACAUGUGAGAUCGAGCACCGUGGUCAAGGCCUUUGUUACUAUCAAGGCAGACAGAUAG